UGAGCUCCAACAGGCCAGAGCAGCUUCUCCACCGAUCCUCUGGCUCUCUCUCUCUCUCUCACACACACACACACACAUCUCACACUUCUGUUUUGACCUUGUUCUGCCUGACCUACUCGAGCACUACAGGAUGCCUCUUGGGGGUGGAAACAAGUGUGGCUGCUGUCAGAAGACUGUGUACUUUGCAGAGGAAGUUCAGUGCGAUGGACGGAGUUUCCAUAAAUCAUGCUUCCUGUGUAUGGUGUGCCGGAAGAACCUAGAUAGCACUACUCUGGCCACCCAUGAAAAUGAGGUCUACUGCAAGUCCUGCUACGGCAAGAAAUACGGACCAAAAGGCUAUGGGUACGGUGCGGGUGCUGGGACGCUGAGCAUGGACAAAGGAGAGUCUCUGGGAAUCAAACAUAAAGAUGAUCAGCCGCACCAGCCCACCAGCAACCCGAACACGUCCAAGUUCGCCCAGAGGUUCGGGGGUUCUGAUGUGUGCCCUCGCUGCGGCAAAGCUGUGUACGCAGCCGAGAAGACCAUCGGAGCAGGGGCGUCGUGGCAUAGGAGCUGUUUCCGCUGUGCUAAAUGUGGGAAGGGCCUCGAAUCCACUACCAUGACGGACAAAGAUGGCGAGAUCUACUGCAAAGGUUGCUAUGCUAAAAGCUUUGGUCCAAAAGGGUUCGGGUAUGGCCAAGGAGCCGGUGCUCUCGCUCAUGCUCAGUAGAGCGACGCGACCAAAACAUUUCUAUUCCAUACACCUUAUUUCACCUCGCUUGGAGAAAAAUCACUCGACAAGCUGAAGCUCUUCACUGCAUGCGCUAAUAUUUACAGUCACUAAAGUUAGCUAGCUAUCUUUUGCUUGCUAUUAAAUAAGCUAGCUAGGAUUACAAAGUGCUGUCAUUGGAGUGUGUUAACGAAACGUAAAUUGCUUACUAGCUAGCUAACAGUAUCAUCAGCAAUGGUAUUAAAUAUAGCUAGCUGCCUAUAUUAUUAAAAAUAAAUAGCUAGCUUGGGUAGUCAUAGCUAUGCCACUUGGCGUGAAAAACAGCCGCCAUGUUGCGUCAGAGGUUUGGUAAAGAGGUGUUUAUGGUGGAAAGGAAGAAGGAGACGGAAACACAGAUGGAAAUAGAAUCAUUUCACCUGCAAAUUAUCGACUCAUGUCCAAAUAGGGCUUUGGGUAUUUGGGUAUUAAUACUUUUCAAUAAAGUAGAAUAAAAAAAAAAAAAAAAA